AUGCGACCACGCGCCAUAACGGCCCCCGCGCCAAAACCCAAACUCCCAACAAUCAUCACCAGAUCCACAGUAACGACCCCCGACAGCGCAAUCCACAGCGACACCUCCUACGCCCACAAUAACAACCAUGACCCCUCCAGCAUCUACACAAUCCACCAGACGCUCAAACCAGAUUACACCAUAAUCGACAACUCAGGACUGCCAGUCUACCACAUCAAAACAAAGGGCCUACUUCGGCCCACAUCACCGCAUCUAACCAUGUACGCGGGCAAAGACGCAACAACCGGCCCCGUCGUGGGGUUCGUCAAGUUCGCGCGAAACGCACACGCUGCGAAACUUGUGCGCGGGAACCCCGAGAACGCGGCGGAUGCAAUCUGGGAGGAUCUGAGGCGGGUGGAGAGGUGGUCGUGGUCGUGGGGUGGUGUUGGGGUGCGGUAUCGGUGGGAGAUGGCGAUUAUCAAUUGGGAUAGAGAUGGGGAUGGGGAGGUAGUCAGGAAGGGCUUUUUAUGGAAGCGGACGAAGGCUUUUGCUGUGGAUGGGGCGAGUGAUGGUGGUAGUCCUGUGUAUCGGGGACAUGUGAGGUCGGCUAGUAUGGGUGCGAUGACGAGUAGGAGCGUGGAGAGGCAGAGCUAUAAGCUUGUGGAUGAGGAGACUGGGGAGUUGCUGGCGGUGUUCUCGGUGGAUGUUGGGAUGGGCAGGUGCAGGAGACUGGGGAGGAUGCGCUUUGUGACGGAGAAGUACGGGCUGGCGUUUAAGAUGAUGGUGUUUCUGUCUGGGCUGGUGGUUAACAGCUGGGAGGAUUUCUGA